CUCCAAACAUUUUUUAAAGAAACAAUUUGGAAGAAAUUAAAAUCCCUCCCGCGGCGGCCUUUUCUCGCCGCCCACCCGUCUUCUCUCAGUUUCCCUCCUUCCGGUGGAUUUGUUGUUUUUUUCAAUUUCAAAUUAGGGGACUGGAAUGCCCUGAAUUUCCCGUAUAUCUACGUCCGGAGAUCUAGGGUUUGUCCAGAUUGUUCAAAGGCGGGAAUCCGCUAUUUUUCUUCCGAAACCGGGGAAUGUUGUUUCGGAGCUUGUGAGUGUUUCUGCAGCGUUUGGCGUGCCGCUGCGGCGGAUUGGGGGUGAUGGACGGGAAGAGAGUAUCGGCGAGUCCAAGGCCGUGCUGCGGCCGGCGAGUGGUGGCUAAGAGGCAACCGCGCAGUGGCAUAAAUGGGUCCGUCAAUUGCGUCAAGAAGCUUCAGAGGAGGGAGAUCUCUUCGAAGCCUAACCGGGCUUUAUCUAUGAGAAAUUCACAAGAGAGAUUUCGAAACAUCCGAUUACAGGAGGAAUAUGAUACUCACGAUCCAAAAGGAUAUAGUCCGGAUGCACUUCCAUUUUUGAGGAACAGGUCUAAGAUUAGUGAGAUAAUCGCAGCACGUGAUAUUGUCUUUGCUCUUGCUCAAUCUGGUCUCUGUGCAGCAUUUAGCAGAGAGACCAACAAGAAAAUAUGUUUUCUGAAUGUCAGCCCAGAUGAAGUGAUACGGAGUCUGUUCUACAAUAGAAACAAUGAUUCGAUAAUCACUGUUUCCGUUCACUCUUCAGACAAUUUUAGCUCUUUGAAGUGCCGGACCACUGGGAUUGAGUUCAUUAGAAGAGGUACACCAGAUGCUGGUUUUGCUUUGUUUGAGUCAGAGUCAUUAAAAUGGCCUGGAUUUGUAGAGUUUGAUGAUGUAAACGGGAAAGUGCUCACUUACUCUGCCCAGGACAGUAUAUACAAGGUAUUUGACCUGAAGAAUUACACAUUGUUAUACUCUAUAUCGGAUAAAAAUGUUGAAGAAAUUAAAAUCAGUCCAGGAAUCAUGCUGUUAAUAUAUACCAGAGAUAGUUUCUUUGUUCCUCUAAAGAUUAUCUCCAUCGAGGAUGGGACCAUAUUAAAAUCCUUCAACCAUCUUCUGAACCGUAAUAAGAAGAUUGAAUUCAUUGAACAAUUCAAUGAAAAGCUACUCAUCAAACAAGAGAAUGAGAAUCUUCAGAUUCUUGAUGUUCGCAAUUCUGAGCUGACUGAGGUCAGUAGUACUCAGUUCAUUACACCAUCAGCUUUCAUAUUUCUGUACGAGAACCAGCUGUUCUUGACAUUCAGAAAUAGGGAAGUUGGUGUUUGGAACUUCCGUGGGGAGCUUGUGACAUCAUUCAAGGAUCUCAUUUUAUGGCACCCUGACUGUAAUACUAACAACAUCUACAUUAAUAGAUUUCAGGACCUAAUCAUAUCCUACUGCAAAGCUGGUUCUGAUGACCCUCUAUCUGACACACCAUCUGCUUCUAUCAGCAUCAGCAACAUUUUGACAGGAAGAUGCCUUGCUAAAGUAAAAGCAACCAAUGGCAGUCCCCAGAGCGAUUGCCAUUGCGGUGCUGGUUGUGGUCCAAGAAGUUGCAAGUCCAAAGGUGCCCAAACGUCGCAAAUUACGAGCAGUGUAUCCGAAGCUCUUCUUGACAUCACUGCCCUCUCUUACGACGAAGAAAGGAAUGAGAUCUAUACCGGGAACGAGCUCGGGCUGGUCCAUGUCUGGUCUAGCUAAAAGCUUGUUUUCAUCUUUCACAUCUGGUUUGUCUGUCUUUCUCCCAUUCCCAAGUCCCAACACACAAUUUGACAUUUUUCUUUCUAUUAUUGUUUUUAUAUUAGCAACAACCUAGUAAAGAUCUCAUGAACUAUGUUUUUGUAUUUUUUUAUUUGGUUACAUAUUUAAUCACUUCUUGUGGAGAUGGUUACUUUUGUA